GGGGAACAAUAGGGAUCCUUUGAGGUAGCAGUACCGGACGCCGUCUUUGUCGAGGGGUGCCUCGGCUCGCCCCCUGUGGAUGCAGUCUCCGUCUCCGCUGUCCGCCACUUCGACUGCAGCCUGUCGUGGAGGUGAAUGCGGGGAGAUUGAUUGUGGCAUCGACGAUGUUGGUGAUGCACGCGACGAGAGGGAGGUGUGGGCAGAUCAGCGACGAACGCUUCAUCCACGACGGGAGGAAUCCAUUACUCAGGGGGUGCAACGACUGCGUGUGGGGGAGCACGAAGACGACGGCGACGCACCUGCGGUGGGCCCGAACGAUCAGGAGUGGAACAACGAGGACGACGAAGGUGGGGAGGAGGAAGCAGGCCACGUACCGCCGUUCAAGCAAAGCAGCAUGGGAGGGAGGGGCGGGAAGACGAGGGUGUGUGGUCGCAAUGGUCGUUGGAGGAAAAUAGCGGUGGGGAAAGGGAGCGAUGCCAAAGCUGACGCUGACACAGAAGGUCAUCAAUUCUGGUUCGUGGACGACAUGAUAGCCCUCAUCCGGGCUAAACGUGACCAGGACGCGCAUCUGCAGGGGAUGGGCACCGCGUUCGCUCGUAUGAAGCCGCGAGAAUGGAAGUGGUUGGAUGUGGGGCAAAGGUUGAAGAAGGGCACGACGACGGGUCGACGAGAGGUUCUUCUCAGACGACGGGGAGCCCUGCCGUUUCGGCAAGAGGAAGAGCAUGAGGCAGCAAACUUUCGAAGCGCUGACGGAAUGCAUGGAGAAGCACGGGGCUCUAGUGGCGUCGACGAUGGAGAGCAACAACAAGCGGCAGUGCUCCAUCCAAAUCUGGCAGUGUGAGGCAUUGGAAGUGGAGGUCGAAGUGCAAAAAAAGCGCUACGCAGCGUGUGACGAAGUUAGCAACUGCUGUGUCACGCUCUGCUGGAGAUAACAAAGGCCAUCCGCGAGC